AUGACGAGCGGGCUUGGAGGCCGCUCCAAGGAUGGCGUCCCGACAUGGGACGGAAGUGCGAGCACUUUUCAAGCAUAUGAGGAGCAAGUGCUUGUUUGGGAGCAGGGAGUCAAGUAUGAGAACCGCUAUCUAUGUGGGCCACGGCUCUGUGGGGAGCUGACAGGAGCUGCUCAGCGAAUGAUUGUGGGGAAGCCUCCCACAUGGGUUUCAUUCAAUGGGGGCGUGGCCACGUUCUUACAGCACCUACGGCAGAGUUUGGGACGUCCCCAAAUUCCGGAGGCAACGGAGUUCUUGAAUAAGUACUUCCGAAACAGCCGACGCCGCAUGGGCGAGGGCAUCAACGACUACAUCACGAGGAAGACAGAGACGUACUGGAGAGCCUGCCAGGCGUUGAAGCGGGUGAUGCCCCGCCACCGGAAGAACGUGGCGACACCGCAGUGGCCCGAGCAGGGAGCCAACCAUGGCAAUGGAUGGACAAGCCGACGCUCUAGUUGGGCAUCCACAGCCUCACAGACUGGCAACGCCGACAAUGACGACAACGAAGCCGAGGAGAAUCAGGAUGACGACACCACGGAGGCCACAUGGACGAGGGCGCCUUCGUCUUGGUCUUCGUGGAGCUGGAGUGGACACUCCUGGGGCAGCUCCCAGGGGUAUCCCGCCUGGGACUGGCGAAGAGGCCACGAACCCUACGCGCAGCCCGAACCUCAGAUCGACAUCCUCCCGGAGUUUGUCCAGGCCUGGUACUUGUUGGCGGAUGCUGGCCUCACCAACUAUGAGCGGAACCUGAUCCACACAGCAGUGGCCGGGGAUUACACCUUGGCCCGGGUGUCGCAUGAGCUGCGAACCCAACACGGCGAGCAUGACCACCGACGGAAAGAUCAGGGCGGGCACGCCUACCUCGGCGAGGAGCUCGCGGAGGUGGACGAGGAAGAGGACGAGACGACCGAGAGCUUUGCCUAUGACAUGAAUGACGUCCUCGAUGAGGAGGGGUCUGCCCUAUGGGCAGAGAGCCAGACGGAGAUCGACUCAGCGUGUGCCGUCCUCCGAGAUGCGCGAAGGACCCUCAAAGCAGCUCGCGAAAAACAACACCAAGUGAAGAUGGCGAGGAAGUACUACCAGCCUCGCAGCUCUGAGGGAUCAAAUCGUCCACGAGACGACUCAGGCAUGACUUGCCUGAAGUGUGGGCGGCUAGGUCAUCGCGCUCGGAACUGCCCUGACAGGGUGAUGGAGUCACAGGAGCCCAAGCCAGCUAAGCAGAUGGCCCCCUUCGUGUGCUAUGCCCAGGUUGCCGAAGGAGCCCUUUCUGCAGGACCAACAACACAAGAAGCAGUCGAAGCCGGCUGCUGUGUGAUAGAUGGGGGGGCGACUAAGACCCUGGGCUCCGUGAAGGCCUUGGAGAAGUUGUUCCAGCGCAACCUCGAGAAGUAUGGCGAGGACAGAGUCCAACAAGUGGACCUCGCCGAUCGUCCCGUGUUUGGCUUCGGGAACUCCACGGAAGGGCAGUGUGUCUCGACAAUCCAUCUGGGUGUUAGCGCUGACAAGAAGAACGGCAAGAUCGUGGUUCACGCCCUCGACGAGGGCGAGGGGCCGGUGUUGUUCUCGAUCGAGGCGCUGCGCAAGCUGGAUGCCGUGAUCGAUUUUCGCCGAGACCUGGCGGUGUUCCGGGAGCUAGACCCGUGCCAGGUGAUCCAGCUGAAGUCCUCCUCUGUCCGCGACCGCGUCCCGAAAGCCAUGAUGAAGAUGAACAAGACCCAGCUCCAGGAUGCGAUCCGUGCUCGGGGAGAAGAGCCACCUCGCGAAUGGAGCAAUGUGGAGUUGCGGGACAGGUUGACCGAGCUCAUGGAGCAGGCGGGCGAGACCUCAACCAGCGCGAAGAAGACGGACCUUCGGCAGUGGAUCACCGAGUUGAACAAGAGCAGCCGGAAGAAGGAGCUCUUGAAGGCGUUCUGCGAGGAGCGCCUGAAGAUCACCUUGAGCGGCAGCGAGACCGUUCCCAUGUUGCAGAAGAAGGCGACUCGGAAGAUCUACGAGGUGUCGGUGGCCAGCGCCAUGGACCCAGUGGGCUUCGGGAAGUGGUCCACGCUCAGUUACGGACAACUUCGCCGCGAACAGCCAGCCUACGCCAACUGGGUGCAGGAGACUCUCAUGGAAGGGGGGGAGACAUGCGACUACCGCCUCAGCCGCCUGGGCCACUGGUUGAUGAACCAACCAGACGAGGAGACCAUGGAGACGGAGAAGAUGUUCCCGAUGGCUACUUCUCCCCGCUAUGUGGAGCCCAAGGCCAAGGCCCAGACCGUGAUGAAGGAGCACGCCGGUGGCAAGGGCUACGGCACAAAGGCACCAAAGGGCCGCGGUUUUGCGGCUCGGGAUGUUCCUGCCUCGUCCCACGAGGCACCCGAGGCAGCGGGGAAUGCGGAUACUAUGAAGUUGCUCAUGGACACGAUGGUGGCCAUGAAGGAGGAGAUCAAACAACUCCGGGAGGAUCGCAAACCGGAGGAGCCCCGGCGCAAGAAGAAGGAGGAUGCGGAGACCGAUGGCAAGGACUCGACCGAGAAGAGCUUCACGAUGGCUACAGACGUAGAUGAUUUGGAUGAAGAAUCCACCAAGCUGCGCCGCCUUACGGUCGGUGCCGCUCGGGUUCUUGAAGACAAGUCUUGGAGCGCAGUACCCAAGCUGUUCUCUAGCCUGGCACAGAACCAACGACCCUUGUUGAUGGACAUCACAUGUGAAAAAGAGGGCGUUCUUGCGAAAGCAGUCCAGGUAGCCACGGGAGAUGCGCAGGCUGCCACAUGUUGUGCGUUGUGGGACAAACAUGAUUUGGGGAAAACCGAGGGAGUGCAACUGGUGUUAGAACAGAUUGAAGCCUGGAGACCCAGCUUGGUGUGGUUGAGUCCCCCUGGAGGCCCCUAUUCCCCCAUGCAACGCACCAAUCAACGUAGUGAGGCCCAGAAACAAGAGUUGGCGCAACAACGAAAACAGGCGAUGAGGGCUUAUGUGGGAUGUAGUGUGGUGUGGCAUUACUGCGUGCAACGGGGAAUCCAUGUGGCCUGGGAGUUGGCCGAAAAGAGCGAUGCCUGGCGACUGCCGAUGCUUCAGGAUAUUUUGCGGCGCUAUGACCCGUAUGUUGCCGUGACCAAGGGUUGUCGGGUGAACUUGAGGGAUAAAAAGGGGCAACUUGUCCAAAAGGGUUGGAAGGUGAUGACCACGCACAAGCGCCUCUCUGAGCUGUUGCACAAGCCCUGUAGGUGUGACUCUAAGUACGAGCAUGGGAAGUGUGAAGGUUCGAUGUGUGCCGGGAGCCCCGCCUACCCAAAAGAGUUCCAGCAACUGGUGGUGUCAGGGGCCCAACAGGAACUGAGUAUGUAUGGAGUUCAACGGGAGUGUCAAGGAGACUCACAAACAGUGGACCUCUUUGGGAGGGGGCUGGCAUGUGUGUGUGACAUGACACGACAGUCGGAACAUGUUCAGCCUUGUGCUUGUUGCUUGCUUGCAGAAGAAGACUCAGAGAGCGAGAGAGAGAACCCGAAAACAAAGCUGAAACCUCGGGAGGAAAUGGAAAGGGAGGCAAAGGAGAAAAGGGAGCAAGGAAGGACGUCGUUUGAAGACAUGGAACAGUUUCUCAAAGGUCUGGAGUUGCAACUGCCCAGGAAGGGACGAGGAAUGAUGGGAGGAAGGCACCAACGACCGCCCUACUUUCAGUUUGGAGCUUACCGUCAUGGUCCGUUUGUUGGCUUGAGUGACCGAACCAAGAAACAUGAGGAACUGUGUAGAUAUGUGAAUUCAUUCCUUCGGAAACACGCCGACCCUGGAGCUACUUGGUCCUCCUUUGUCAUUAGCUACAACAACCCAGUGCCAUGGCACAAAGACUGUCACAACAACAAGAACAGCAAGAACUACACAUGUUCUUUCGGUGCCUACACUGGGGGUGAGCUGGGGGUGUACACAGGAAGCGAUGAGCAGCCUCAAUUUACGAGCACCCGUCACAACGUGGUGGAGUUCCCUCCGAACGCCUUACACGGGGUGCAGCCGUGGAAGGGAGAGCGGAUAUCGGUUUCUGCGUACACUGUGAGAGAUGAGAAAGAGCUGAGUAGAGAGGAACGGAAGCGCUUGCAACAGUGUGGAUUUCCUGUGUAUGCGAAGUCGAAGCAAGUUGGGUUUUCUGAAGCCCAAAGCCCCGUGGAAGCUGAAGCGGAUACGCAUGAAGCUUUCGCGGUUGAGGAAAGCGGACCAAGCGGGAACCGCAGACAAGCGAAGCUUUGGAAGCAAAUCUACUUGUUGCAUGCCGCCACGGGACACGGCAGUAUGCGGCAUCUGAUUGAUGCACUUAAGAAAAGAGGUGCCUCGGAAGAGGUGCUCCAGGCCGCUAGGGAGUUUAAGUGCAGUGUUUGUCAUGAAAAGCAACGAGUGCAACCAAGACAUCUAGCUUCCCUGGAACCUUUGCCACCGAAGUGGCACACCGUGACGGCCGACGUGGGACAUUGGCACCACCCAACGACAGGAGAAGAUGUGCAGUUUCUUGUCAUGUUGGACGAAAACACUAGGUUUAGGACCGCUAGGAUCCUCACGAGGGGCUCGAAACAACAGCCCUCGGCCACGACCUGUUUGAACUACUUUCAGGAAGGGUGGAUGCAGUACUUCGGACUGCCCCGCACCCUUCGUCUUGAUCCUGCGGGGGCCUUCAGAAGCCAAGCGUUAGAAGCCUUCUGUGAUAAGCAUAGCAUAUUUUUAGAUGUGGCGCCGGCGGAGGCGCAUUGGAAAAUUGGUUCCAUUGAGCAAGCGGUCCAAGGGCUGAAGGAGGUUCUAGGAAAGCUUCAUGACGAUGAUCCGGCCAUCACGCCGGAAGAGGCCCUGGCAAAUGCAGUGCGAGUGUUUAACCACCGGGAGCAAGUGAGGGGGUUUUCUCCGGCUCAGCUGGCACUAGGCCGGAAUGCCGAUGACACAGAUAGGCUAGUGGCAGAGGAGAGCCGAUUACCUCCCGACCUCCUCGUGGAGAACGCGACCGGCGAGUUUCAGCGCGAUGUGCAGCGGAGAGCCGCUGCAGAGAAGGCUCACAGUGAAUGGCACGCCAAUCAAAGGUUGUUACGGGCCCAGCAUUCACGGCCUCGUCGGGCCUAUGACUAUGUCCCCGGGGAACUGGUGUUCUUUUGGCGCAGCCAGGAGUCCAAUAAGAGCAGGAGAGCUCCUGGGGGAAAGCAUGGCCGAUUUCUCGGCCCAGCCCGGAUUCUGGCGACGGAGACGAGGAAGGAUGCUGAAGGCCACUUGCGGCCCGGAAGCAUUGUGUGGUGCGUCCGGGGAAAGCAGCUUGUCAAGUGCUGCCCGGAGCAAUUGAGACGAGCCUCGGAGCGAGAAUCGCUCAUCGAAGAGUUGAGCACCGAGGUGAAGGUUCCAUGGACAUUCACAAAAGUCGCUGAAGAGCUGGGGGGCAACCAAUUUCUGGAUGUGUCUCAGGAAGCGCCCGACGACAUCGAGUGGACCCGGGCCCAGGAUCCAGCACAGCAGGCACCUCCCGCCAUGCGCCGGAUCCGAGGCAAGAGGUCGGAACCACCACAGCCGACUGAUGAGAUGGACGAGGGCGAGCAGCCUCAGCUACAACGGCCUCGGCAUCAGGCCAAUCGGCAGGAAGCACAGUCUGCCGAACGCUGGCAGGACAAAGUGUCACAGAGUGCAUGGAGCGCCGAGCCCGUGGAGUACUGGAUGCAUGAGAACACAGCGGUGGAGGUUGAGUUUGACCUCCCCGAGUCCCAGCGCGGCAAGAAAGGCAUGUGCCAGAACCUCGAGGCCUUCUUCGUCGGAGCGAUGAAGCGCAAGGCCGUUGAAGUCAGUGAGCGAAAGCUCACGGAGGCGGAACGUGAGCAAUUCAAGGCGGCGAAAGCCGUGGAGGUGAAAAAUUUUAUUGCCGCUGAAGCCUUCAAGCAGCUCCCCGGUCAUCUUCAGCCAUCAGCCGAGCAAGCUGUCGGCAUGAGGUGGAUACUUACCUGGAAGGUUCGCGAAGACGGGUCGAAAAAGGCAAAGGCACGUGCAGUGCUUUUAGGGUACCAAGACCCUUCCUACGCUCACAGAGCGACUACUUCCCCCGUAAUGAGCCGCCAAACUCGCCAGAUGUUUCUGCAGUAUGCAGCUUGGAAGAAGUGGCUCAUUCAGAAGGGGGACGUGUCCGGAGCGUUCCUGCAAGGCCGAGAAUAUCCUGAUACACUUCAUUGCGUGCCGUGCCCCGAGAUCCUGGAAGCAAUGAAUCUGCCUCCAGGUACCGUGACCCAGCUGAUGAAGGCUUGCUACGGGUUAGUGGACGCGCCUCUUGAGUGGUAUAAGUCGGUUGAUACUUUCCUUAAGGAACUGGGUUUUGUUAGGUCUUGGUCCGAUCCCUGUGUAUGGUAUUGGCGAGUGGAUGGAGUCCUUCGAGGUGCCAUCUGUGGACAUGUGGACGACUUCUUGUUCAUGGGCGACAAGGAGGACAAGGAAUGGAACAAUCUCUUGGCCGCCAUCCAGAAGAAGUUCAAAUGGGGGGAUUGGGAAUCAGGCAACUUCACUCAGUGCGGCGUCCGCAUUCGAGCUACUGCGGAUGGCUACGAGCUAUCUCAGCCCGGCUAUGCCAAGGAGAUCAAGGAGAUCCCCCUGAGCGCGACCCGACGCCGCGAGGACGAAAAGCCCAUUACAGACUGGGAGCGAACGCAGCUCCGAGUGCUUUUGGGUGGACUUUCGUGGACAGCACAACAAGUGGCUCCCCACCUGUCAGCCGAGGUGUCUCUGUUGCUAUCCGAGACCAGCGAUGGCACGGUGGCAACAAUCAAGAAGGCCAAUCGCCUCCUGCAUCAAGCUCAACUGAGGCAUGAGCAUUCUAUGAAGAUCCACGCCUUCCCGAAGAAUCAGGACCUCGCCCUCUACGCCUGGGUGGACGCCGCCAGCCAGAACCGCACCAAGGGCGGCAGCACGCAGGGAAUAUUUGUGGGAAUGGCACCCAUAAGUAUGGCCCAGGGCGAAGUGACCGAGGUGUCUCCAAUGAGUUGGCAGUCCAGCAAGAUUGACAGAGCAUGCCGCUCCCCAGGCGCCGCGGAAGUACAAGCCGCGACAAAUGGAGACGAUACCCUGUUCUAUGCCAGGUACCAAUGGUCAGAGAUGCUGUACGGCGAGGUCAAUGUUCGUGACCCUGAGGAAACCGUGAAGAAGACUCCGGGCUACCUGAUCACGGACUCCCGCAACGUGUACGACAAACUCAUCACAGAGGUGCUUGUGAUUAAAGGCGCGGAGAAGAGAGCAAACAUCGAGUUGCUCAGCGUGAAAGAUUCGCAAAUGACUACAAACUUGGAGAUUCGGUGGGUGCACUCGGAAGCGCAGCUAGCUAAUGGGCUAACGAAAGCUGGCACCUCUCGGGAGUUCGAGCUGUACUACAAGAUGAGAGGACUCAAUAUGCAGGAGACGGAGCAGAAGUACAGCAACGAGCUGUUCCGGCAGUUUGCGGAAGCUUUCCGAAAUCUGCCCCUGGCAACCCUGAUCAACGACUCCGUUUUCGUGGUCCACGGAGGCUUGAGCUCAAAGGACGGCGUGCGCCUCUCCGAGAUCGCCUCACUGGACCGCAAGCGCGAGCCCGACGAGAUUGCCGACCAGCUGAUGCUGGACCUGCUCUGGUCCGACCCCAUGGAGCGGGAUGGCUAUGCUCAGUCACCCCGAGGCGGCGGCAUCCUUUUCGGACCCGAUGUGACGGCGCGCUUUUGCGAGCAGAACGGCCUCUCGUGCGUCAUCCGUUCGCACGAGAUGAAGUCGGAGGGCUACGAAUGGCAGCGGAUGCGCCGAUGCCUCACCAUCUUCUCUGCCCCGAACUACUGCGACAUGUGCGGGAAUCUGGGAGCAGUCUGCGACAUCCAGGCAAAGCCUGGACGGAAGCGCAUCACGGUGGACGAUCUCAACGUCCGCACUUUCGAAUUCUCGCCGCACCCGGAGGAGCCACACACGUCCAACCUUAUGUUCCGGCCGUUCUGCUGA